AUGUUGGUCUUUCUAAAGCAUCUGUCCGACAUCAUUCAAUCUGUACAGACACCUCGCCAGGCCACAAAAAAAAAGACUCGCUUGAGCACUCGCCUGCUUCCUUCUUGUGUUUCUUCUUCUUCUUCUUCUUCUUCUUCUUCUUCUUCUUCUUCUUCUUCUUCUUCUUCUUCCGUCUUGUUUUUAUACUUUCACCUUCCUUCUUCUACAUAUUCUUCUUCUUCUUCUACUUCCUUCUUUUUUUUCUUCCUUCUUAUUCUUCUUCUCUUUUUUCUUCUUUCUUCCUCUUGUUUUUCCUUCUUCUUUUUUCUUCUUCCUUGUUAUUUUCUUUUUCUUCUUUCUUCUUUUUCUCCUCCUGAUUCUUCUUCUUCUACUACUACUACUGCUACUUCCCGUGGCGUGCGACGAAAGAUCCCUGAUGAAGGCUUGAGAUUAGAACGACUUUUGGGGGUAUUACAUCCAAAAUAA